UUUAAAUUUGGAUACUGGAAGAAAGAGUUCAACAACACCAAUUCUUGGCAUGGUAUUGUUGCUACUAUAGAAGAGUCCAAGGGAGAUGUGGUCUGGAAGAUAGACAAGGACAACCUCAUCAGUUUAGACAAGCAGGAAGGAGUGGGAAUAGGAUUCUACAGUCCACUAGACGUUACCAUUAAGACAGACGAGGGAGAGGUCCUCUGUCGAACCUACCAGAUGAACAACUUCACAGUUCACCAGACUUCGCCUCCAUACAAACAGGUUGUUUGUGUUGGAGCAAAACAAAACGGCUUACCUCUGGAUUACAUUAAGAAGCUGGAGGAAACCAACGGCUAAAGCGGUCCAUCCAUUUUAGAUGACAUCACCGCGUUAAAACCUGCUGAUAAAGGAAAAAGCUUGUAAAUGGUACCAGAGGAAAGAAGAUGAAAGAAAAAUCACUAAUGUAACAACUUUAGAGGGAAAUUGACAUAAGACUCCGUUGUCUAAGUUCAAUUGUCCCUGUUGUACUCUUGUGCAACAUAAUCAGCAUAAGUAAAAAUGCAUUAGAGUAAAUACAAAAACUAAGUGGCACACUGGUAUAUAUUCCUCAAUGUUCUGUGUAAAAUGCGAGCCAGUCAUUUCAUGUGAUACCAAAUAAAG